CGAGUCUUCUGCUGUGCUCGCAUCACUUGCAGAACUCGAGAGAGAGAGAGAGAGAGAGAGAGAGAGAGGAAUUCAGGGAUUUUACAUAUCUGCUUCGAUUCGGGUUCUUACAGGGUUCAGUGGUGAUUGCAAUGGACAAGCUAAGGAAGCAGGCGAGCAAGCUGAGAGAGCAGGUCGCGAAGCAGCAACAGGCAGUGAUAAAGCAGUUCAGUGGAAGUGGUUAUGAGAGUUCUGAUGUGAUGGUAAUUGACGAGGUUGAAUUGUAUAGACAUCAGCAAUUGGAGAAAUUAUACAAAUCUACUCGUGCAGCCAGGGAUUUCCAAAAGGAUGUUGUUAGAGCAGGUGAAGUCUUUGCAAGUAUUGGUCAUAGACAUAUUGAAGCUGGGACAAGAUUGUCAGAGGAUUGCUUCAAGUACGGUGGUGAGAACUAUGCAAGUGAUGGGACUCUAGCAAAAGUUGCAUCUUUAUAUGGUGGUGCUUUAGUAAAUGUGGAGAAAGAGUAUGAAGAAUAUAAUAAGCUUUUAAUUACACAGAUUAUGGAGCCUUUAAGAGCUAUGGCUACAGGUACUGCCUUGGAAGAUGCCCGCCAUCUUGCUCAGCGUUAUAGUCGGAUGAGACAGGAAGCAGAAGUUCAGGUAGGGGAAGUUUCUAGAAGGCAAUUUCGAGUGAAAGAAAUUCCUAUUCUGGAAAACACUUCGAAGUUGCAGUCAUCUGAAUCUAAGAUGCAAGAUCUCAAGGCAAACAUGGCUGUCCUUGGAAAGGAAGCUGCUGCUGCACUAGCUGCUGUUGAGUCACAGCAGCAAAGGCUUACUUUCCAGCGCUUAGUUGCUUUGGUAGAGGCAGAAAAAUCAUUUCAUUUAAGAGUAACUGCUAUACUGGAUGAUGUUGAAGCAGAGAUGCUCUCCGAAAAGCAAAGAAAAGAAUCAGCCAUUCCUUCAGCUCCUAACCAUACAAGCCAACCAACCCCUAAACGUUCUGAGAAAGCAUUAUAUUUUCUUGCUGAGGCAUUGCACCCUUUCACGGCUAUCUCGGAGAAGGAAAUGAGCUUGGCUGUUGGCGACUAUGUUGUAGUUAGGCAGGUUGAUCAAUCUGGAUGGUCAGAGGGUGAGUGCAAGGGCAAGGCAGGGUGGUUCCCUUCAGCUUUUGUGGAGAGAAGGCAAGAUAUCCCUCCAAACAAGGUUCUCCCCCACGACUUGUAACUGAUUAGAAAUUCUGCAGACUUAGGCUUCAUUAGGGACGGUUUUUUUACUGCUUCUUAAAGCAGCUUUCUAGUACAAAACUUUUUAUACUAAAAAACUGUUUUAAGAAGCAGUAAGAAAACCGUCCCAAAUGAUGCCUUAGGCUGCUUGAUAUGAUUCAUUUGUUAUUAAAAAAAAGUACUUCUAUUUGUUGAAAAACACGCAGUAUGAAAAAUAAAUGGAAACUAAUGCAUUUCUUUCAUUGGAGAUGACUGAUGAGAUUCUUGUUGUA